CAAAGGUGUCGCGACCUGGUGAAUACAAGCAUGUGACGCAAGAGUAAGGAGCGAAAGCAGAGCAGAGCUUGUACUCUGGAGGUACAGCUUGCAAUUCGCAACGGAGGCACAAUUGUCAUACGAGAAGGCCGGCGCACUGCUUUAUAAACCUCCCGGCCCUCCCACCAGCCUGUCGAGCUUCAUAUUCAUCUUUUUUCCCAAGCUGCGCGUUGACUGAGCUGCUCCAGCGCAUACCCCAGACUUGUACAGUAUCCCCGUCGUCUAAACAGCAAAAAUGAAGCUCUCAGCAGCUCAAUUGCUCCUUGCCGGAGCUGGUCUGACGUCGGCGCUGCCUCAUCUCGACAGCCCGCGCCAGCGACUUCUCAAUGGCAUGGAUCUGCCCUCCUCACUGGGCGAGAAGAGCGGCCCUUAUACUCCCGGCCACCGCGAUGAGAACGACAACUACGUCGAUGCCAUUGGCAAGAAGCUUGACCCCAAGCCAUGGCGAAACGGCUUCGGAGCUUCAGUCCUCGGCCCGUACAACCGCGAUCGAUCGCGUCAGAGCCCCGACAUGAUCCGCCCGCCCAGCACCGAUCACGGCAACAUCGCCAACAUGCGAUGGAGUUUCACGGAUUCUCACGUGCGAAUUGAGGAAGGAGGAUGGACUCGACAGACCACCGUCCGUGAGCUUCCCACCAGCGUUGAGCUCGCUGGCGUCAACAUGAGGCUCGACAAGGGCGUCAUUCGUGAGCUUCACUGGCACAAGGAGGCCGAGUGGGCAUACGUUCUUGACGGUGAGGUCCGUGUCACUGCUCUCGACUAUGAGGGCGGCAACUUCAUCGACGACCUGAAGAAGGGCGACCUGUGGUACUUCCCCAGCGGUGUCCCUCACUCUCUGCAGGGUCUUGGUGAGAACGGAACUGAGUUCCUCCUCAUUUUCGAUGACGGCAACUUCUCUGAGGAGUCGACCUUUAUCCUGUCCGACUGGCUUGCGCACACCCCCAAGUCUGUCAUUGCCGAAAACUUCCACCUCGCCCCCGAGGUGUUUGACCACCUCCCCGCCGGCGAGAAGUACAUUUUCCAGGGCUCCGUGCCUGGCUCCAUCGAGGAUGAGGCCCCCAAGGGCAAGCACGUCAAGGAGUCCAAGUACCAGUUCACCCACAAGAUGCUCGACCAGGAGCCCAAGAAGACCACCGGAGGCCAUGUGCGCAUCACCGACUCCAAGAACUUCCCCAUCUCCAAGACCGUGGCUGCCGCCCACGCCGUCAUCGAGCCCGGUGCGAUCCGUGAGAUGCACUGGCACCCCAACGCCGACGAGUGGUCCUUCUUCAUUGGUGGACGCGCUCGUGUCACCAUCUUCGCCGCCGAGGGCACCGCCCGCACUUUCGACUACGUCGCCGGCGACGUCGGCAUUGUCCCCCGCAACAUGGGCCACUUUGUCCAGAACAUUGGCGACGAGCCCGUCGAGAUGCUCGAAAUCUUCCGCGCCGACGAGUUCCGAGACUUUUCUCUCUUCCAGUGGAUGGGCGAGACUCCCCAGCGACUGGUCUUGGACCACCUGUUUGCCGGCGACAAGGAGGCUGGUGAGAAGUUCUGGGAGCAGGUCAAGGAUGCGAAGAAGGACGAGAUUACGAAAUAAGUGACUGCAUGUCGAAAGCUGCUAAAAGUUACGAGGAACAAAUUUGUUUAUUAUAUGUGUAUCAAUCGUGGGACUACAUUUUAAGGGUCAAUUCAUAUAGGGGCGU